AAAGUUGAGUUCAAGUGAUUUGGUAUGAGUUGUAUUCUUGUAUUAUGUGGACGUCUAUUCUGUACUUGUUUUAAAUGUCGGUAAAUUUUAAGUUAAAACCAUUUUGAUUAUGCUGCAACCGAGUAAAAACAAAUACCACAAUGGUUUUCGGCUUUUAUUAUGCUAUCUGGUCACUAAUCCACAUAGUAUACUCCUUUAUAAAGAUAUUAAUUUUCUUCUGGGAGUUUGUCAAAGUGAAGUGUUAUGAUCUUUCCUAUCACGAGGAUUCUAUUACAAAUGAAGUAGAAUAUAUAAGUAGCAGUAUAAAAGUUCUCACGAAAAUUCCAAAGCAUGUAGUACUGAUAUUAGGAACAGAAAGGCCUUCUUAUGGCGAUUUGUCAAAAUUAAUCAUGUGGUGUAUAGCCGCCGGGAUUUCUUUCGUCAGUUUUUAUGAUCAUAAUGGUGUACUGAAGAAAAAUGAAUUUGAACUGCAUAAAGCAAUAUCAAAAAAACGUAAAGACAUAGAGGGCCGUAUAGUUUGGGGAAGAAAAGUUAAAUCUGACCAUAUUUACAAAAAUGGAUAUCAAAAUGACUGUAUUGAUCCUGUUACAGUAAAUUUAUUAUCCUUGGGUGAUGGCCGCGGUAGCUUAGUAGCCCUUACAAGACAAUUAGGAGUUUUAGCGCAGUCUGGAAAACUAACAUCAUCACAAGUAACAAUUGAUUUAGUUAAUAAACAUUUUAGUGACACGCCUGAUCCUGAAUUAGCCAUUUAUUGUGGCGAUGUGUGCGCUACUUAUGGGCUUUCUCCGUGGCAGAUCAGAGUCACAGAGUUCCACCAAUUAUCCUCGCACCAUAAUAUUAAAUUAAAUCAAUUUAUGAAUAUUUUACAUGCAUAUAGUAAAUGUGAGCAAAGAUUCGGCAGGUAGAUCUUUGCAACAUGUAAAUAAAAAUGUCAAAAGCAGUUUCGAUUGUAAUAGAUAUAUGUACAUAUGUAUAGGCACCUUAAGUUAAUAGCAAAUGAAUAACUUAUUUUUAUUAGCAUUUUUUUUAGUAAUUCAUACAAAUAUUUAUUUGAAUAUGAUAAAUCUUUUGAAUAUAUUGUGGUGAAUGAAAUAGAAUGAUAUAUUUUAAUAGAUAUUAAGUAGAUUUUAAGUCUUGAAUAUAAAUAUCUGUUACGACUUUAGGAAAGUUAAAUUUGAUAUUAAACUUUCAUAUAAAAAUGCAGUGCUGUAAAAAUGUUGA